ACUGUUGUUCAACGUUCAGUCGCGCGAUCGCCGUGUGUUCGAUAAUGACCGUGUUCGUUGAUACAGCACGGUGACGGUUUCGCCAACUUUUUUGAUAACGGAACGACAGUUUGAUUAUAAUUGUUGACUAGGUAUAAUUUUCAUCUCGCUAACUAUGGCCACGAAAUGGGGAAUACUAAGUGCUUCCAAAAUCUCCCACGACUUCGUCCUAGCUUUGGAAACAUUAUCAGCUGAAGAUCAUAAAGUAGUGGCCGUAGCUGCUAAAGACAAAUCAAGAGCAGAAAAUUUUGCCAACGAUUUUGGGAUUUCUACUUAUUAUGGUUCAUACGAAGAACUCGGCAAUGAUGCCAACGUCGAUGUUGUUUACAUCGGCGCUCUUAAUCACCAACACUAUGAAUUAACUAAACUUAUGCUUGAAAGUGGUAAACCCGUUUUGUGUGAAAAACCAUUUUGCAUCAAUGCUAAACAACUCAACGAACUCAUAAAGAUUUCAAAAGAAAAACGGUUGUUUCUGAUGGAAGCCAUGUGGAGUCGUUUUACACCAGCCUAUCAAAAAGUACUCGAAGAAAUACAAAACGGAGCUAUUGGUGCAGUUUUAAAAGUACAGGCCAACUUCGGUGUACCAAUAUCAAAUAUCGAACGAAUUUGGAAAAAAGAAGUAGGAGGAGGCUCUAUACUGGAUCUCGGUGUCUAUACGCUUCAUUUGGUUGACGCGAUAUUUGGACCCGGCAAACCGGAAUUCGUGGUGAGCAAAGGUGUAAUGAACAGUCACGGAACGGAUGAAAACGUAUCUGCUAUCCUCACGUACUCCGAAGGAAGGAUUGCCGUCGUCUCGACGCACACUAAAGUGAAAUUGAACUGUUCGGCUUUUAUAUACGGCACCAACGGAAUGAUUACGAUUCAUGAAUUUUUCCACGCUUCAAAGAAAGUCACGAUUAACUCGACUGAUUAUGAGUUUGCACAACCAAAUACAAGAAAACCUACAUUGUUUCCGAAUAGCGUACAACUGCGUUACGAAAUAGAACAUGUUAGACAGUGUUUAAAAAAAGGUUUGAUUGAGUCGCCAAUAGUUACACUUGAAAAUAGCUAUAAUGUACAGCAAACGAUGGACUUACUAAGAAAACAAAUUGGACAACAAUUUGAAGAAGACGACGAUUUAUCAACGAAUGUUUGAAUAUAAUAUAUUAUUGUCAGUUACUAUGAAACUCUAUUUUCUAAUAUUUAUAUAUAGAAGUUCUGGGAAA